AUGGAGCUAAGCCAUAAAGAAAAGAAGAAACUGUGUGGUUAUUUGAAACCAUCUAGACCUGUUCUCAAGAACUAUCAACAUAUUCUGGCCUUGGCAUUUGCUAUCCAGGAGAUCAACCAAGACCCACAGCUUCUCCCCAACAUCACCCUGGGCUUCCGCAUCUACCAAGAGAACCAGUACGCAAGCAUGGCCCAAGAUGUCAGCGUGUCUCUGCUCUCCAGCCGGGGAAAAGUGUUUCCUAACUAUAAAUGUGACGCACAAGACAACCUUCUCUCUGUCCUUGGGGGGCUCAACUCCAGAAUCUCGUACCAGAUGGCAACUCUGUUUAGCAAGUUCAAGAUUUCUCAGUUAGGUUACCGCUGCUCAGAUCCUGCUUUGAGUGAUAAGAGACAGUUCCCCACCUUCUACCAGAUCGAUCCCCAGUAUCACCAUCAGAAUGCAGCCAUUGUCCGGCUCCUUCUAUUUUUCCAGUGGAACUGGAUUGGGGUUAUUGUUCAGAAGUCAGAGAGCAGUGACCACUUCAUCCAGAUUUUUGACGCUACCCUCGCCCAGAAUGACAUCUGCAUACAAUUUGUGAAACAGAUCAUACCCCGAUUCACAAUGUUCAAUGAAUUGCACAGAGAUGAGAUACGUUUGCUUCUGACACUUUUGAACAGUGAUGCUCAGGUUAUGAUUGUCUCGGGGGAUUCUAAUGCACUGCACAGACUUAUAGUGUCCCUCUCCUUUUAUGAAGAAGAGAACUACGCUACAGCUGAGAAGGUCUGGAUCCUGACCACCCAAUGGGAAUUUUCAGCUAUUGGCUAUCACUACGAGUGGGAGAAAGUAAAAACCCUCCAUGGUGCUUUGUCUUUGACAGUCCAUACACACCUGGUGCCAGGAUUCAAGAAUUAUCUCUGGGCUCUGAAUCCACAUGAACCCCAAGGAGAUGUCUUUAUCUCCGAAUGGUGGGAAUUUGCAUUUGACUGUCAGGUUUUGAAGGCAGGUGUGUCCUCACCUGAUGGCCGAAGGGUUUGCACAGGGAAGGAGAACCUGGACACCCUCCCAGCCUCUGUCUUUGAUGGAAAGAUGACCGGUUUCAGCUACAGUGUCUACAAUGCCGCCUAUUCUUUGGCACAUGCAUUGCAUGCUGCCUGUACAUCGGAAUUACAAUGGGCAUUGAAGAGAGGAAUAAAUAAACCACAACUACUUUGUGUGAAGCCCUGGCAGAUCCACACUUUCUUGAGAAAUAUCCACUUUAACAACACUGCUGGAGAUGAAGUCUUCUUUUCAGAUAAUGGAAUGAAAUAUGCAGGAUUUGAUAUCCUCAACUGGGUUGUCUUUGAAAAUAAGACAAUCCUUCGACAGAAAGUUGGAUGGGUUGAUCCGGAAACUCCUUCUAUUGCAGAUUUCAGCAUUGAUCCUGAUGCCAUUGUGUGGGCUAACCAGACAAAGCCUUUCUCCCGUUGUGUGAAGCGCUGCCUUCCAGGUCAAGCCAGGAAAGUUGCAGAGGGGAAGCGGUCUUGUUGCUAUGGAUAUGCAGCUCGCUGUGACCCCUGCCCAAUGGACCAAUAUCCCAACAAAGACAAGGAGCACUGCAUUGAGAAGAAGAUCCACUUUCUUUCCUAUCAGGAUACCCUGGGAUAUGUUUUAAGUUCCCUCGCACUUUCUCUUUCCAUGAUCACCUUAGGAGUUUUGGCAAUUUUCCUUAAGCAUCGUGACACUCCAAUCGUCAAAGCCAACAACCGAGAUCUUACUUAUGUCCUCCUGGUCUCCCUUCUGCUCUGCUUCCUCUGUUCCUUCCUCUUCAUUGGUCGACCCAGGAGGCUCACCUGUCUCUUUCGGCAAACUGCCUUUGCCAUUCUCUUUUCCAUUGCGGUUUCCUCAGUAUUAGCAAAAACUGUCAUGGUGGUUCUGGCCUUCAUGGCCACCAAACCAGGGAACAGGACAAGGAAACUCUUAGGAAAACCACUGAUCAAUUCCAUUGUCUUAGCUUGUCCCCUGGUACAAGCAGUUCUUUGUGCCAUCUGGCUGGGAACUUCUCCCCCAUUUCCCAAUCUGGACUUCCACUCCUUGGUAGGAGAGAUUAUCUUGGAAUGUAAUGAAGGCUCAGUUUCAAUGUUUUACACUGUCCUUGCUUAUCUGGCUCUUUUGGCCUUUAUCAGUUUCACAAUGGCCUUUUUAGCUAGGAAAUUGCCUGAUAGUUUUAAUGAAGCCAAGUUCAUAACUUUCAGCAUGCUGGUCUUUUGCAGUGUUUGGAUCACCUUCCUCCCUACUUAUCUGAGUACCAAAGGGAAGUCUAUGGUGGCCGUGGAAAUCUUCUCCAUCUUGGCCUCUGGGGCUGGUCUCUUGGCUUGCAUCUUUUUCCCUAAAUGCUACAUUAUCCUACUGAGGCCCCAUCUCAAUUGUAGAGAAAAUAUGAUGAGGAACAAAAAUUUCUAG